CGCUGGGCGGGCGCCGGGCUGCGGCGGGCCGCGGGAGCGUUCUCCUCCCCCCAGCUCCGAGGGCGCGGAGCGUGUCGUUGCCUGCAAUGGCGCUGAGUAGCGGAGUCGGAGGCUGCUGCCCGCUGGCAGGCUGGGGGCGGCAGCCGCGCGCUACCUUCGCCCAGGCGGGUCGGAGCCGGGGGCUGGAGGAGCCGCAGCUCUGAGCGCGCAGGGAGCCGCGCGAGGUGGACGGAGCCCAGCCCGUCGGGCAGCUCCUCUCCCGGGUUAAAUCUACAUUUGUUCUGGAAAGCCAUCAGUCUUGCCACUUUGUUUGCUGUCAUGGUUGCUUGCAAAUAUUUAGAUAGUAUCUGUCAGAAUACCUACUGAAUAUGGCCCUGAUGGAGACCAGUGCCACCUGAGAGGCACUUUCUUCUCAACCAGAAUCUCACUAGUAACAGAAGACUGAGAGUGGUAUAUCAGUCACUAUGUACAUUGGUUUUGCAGUCCUGAAGUAAACAUGAUGAAAACAGAGUCUUCAGGAGAAAGAUCAACCCUCCGAAGUGCCUCUCCUCACAGGAAUGCUUAUAGAACUGAGUUCCAGGCACUAAAAAGCACCUUUGACAAACCUAAAUCAGAUGGAGACCAAAAAACAAAAGCUGAAGGAGAGGCCUCUCAGCAGAGCAGAGGGAGGAAAUAUGGCUCAAACGUCAACAGGAUUAAAAACUUAUUUAUGCAGAUGGGCAUGGAGCCCAGUGAGAGCACUGGAGUUACCCCUAAAACCAGAGGGAAAAGUGGUCCCCUGUCUCCUCAAAGAAGAAUUAGGCCCAAAGAAUUUGUGGAGAAGACAGAUGGCUCAGUUGUAAAACUAGAGUCUUCAGUUUCAGAAAGGAUUAGUAGAUUUGAUGCUGUGCACGAUGGUCCUUCCUAUUCCAAGUUUACUGAAACUCGAAAGAUGUUUGAGCGAAAUGUUCAUGAAAUGGGUCAUUCCAAUCGCUAUUCCCCAAAGAAAGAGAGAGUAGUUUCCAAUGAACUCCAAGAUGAGUGGUGUAGCUCAAAGUCUAAUAGAGGCAGUACUGAUUCAUUGGACAGUCUUAGCUCAAGGACAGAGACUGUCUCUCCAACAGUGAGUCAGCUCAGUGCAGUGUUUGAAAACACCGAUUCACAUAGUGUAAUCGUUUUAGAAAAGUCAGAAAACAAUGAAGAAUACUCUGUAACUGGUCACUACCCACUUAACCUGUCCUCUACUGUUGCAAAUCUAUCCUCCACAGCUGCAAACCUUGAUGGAUUCAGUCCUUUAAAAGAUGGUAAUGCCUGGUCUUCACCAGCCAAACAAACUACAAGUUCAGUAUCUGCUGAGACCUUUCAGCAAAACAGUACAUCUUCAAUAAUAAGAGAAGAAGCUUCUAAAAGCACUUUGCCAGUAUCACAAACAAAUGAAGAAAUAAGGAAGAAUAAGGAAGCAAGUUAUGAUCCUGUUGAUGUUUGUGCAGCAACUAAACAAGAAUUGGCCAGCAUCAUUAACAGUGAAAAGCGUGACGAAUCCUGUACCAGGACUAAGGAAAAAAUAGAUUCAGAAGUUUCUUUACAACAAAAAGAACAUUCACAAAAUGCAGAGAGUGCCUGUGUUGGCACUGGAGCUGCAGACAUACCAAGAAACUUGGUAGCAGGUGGUGACUUUGCAGCAGAUGUAGCUUCAGAUGCUACUAAAUCCCACUAUGAUGAUACCAGUGGAAAGGAAGUCCAGGAAGACUUGAAUAACUUUCAGAGUUCACAUGUAUAUAUGCACUCUGACUAUAAUGUCUACAGGGUGCGAUCAAGGUAUAAUUCUGAUUGGGGAGAGACAGGAACAGAACAGGAUGAUCAAGAUGAUAGUGAUGAAAACAACUAUUAUGAACCUGAUAUGGAAUAUGCUGAAGUUAUUGGAUUGCCAGAUGAAGAUGAAAUCCCAGCAAACAGAAAAAUUAAGUUUAGCAGUGCUCCAAUUAAGGUUUUCAACACAUACUCCAAUGAAGACUAUGACCGGAGAAAUGAUGAAGUUGACCCAGUGGCUGCAUCAGCUGAAUAUGAACUUGAAAAGCGUGUGGAAAAAUUGGAGCUUUUUCCAGUGGAACUAGAAAAAGAUGAAGAUGGACUUGGCAUCAGUAUUAUUGGAAUGGGAGUUGGAGCAGAUGCAGGCCUUGAAAAACUGGGAAUAUUUGUCAAAACAGUAACAGAAGGUGGGGCAGCCGAAAGAGAUGGCAGGAUCCAAGUAAAUGACCAAAUUGUAGAAGUGGAUGGAAUCAGUCUGGUUGGCGUUACACAGAAUUUUGCUGCAACAGUUCUCAGAAACACCAAAGGAAAUGUCAGGUUUGUAAUUGGACGAGAAAAGCCAGGACAAGUAAGUGAGGUUGCUCAGCUGAUUAGUCAGACUCUAGAACAAGAGCGUCGCCAGAGAGAGCUCCUGGAAAAGCAUUAUGCACAAUAUGAUGCAGAUGAUGAUGAGAAAACUGAGAGAGAAUUUCAAGGAGCCUCAGGCAACUACAAUAACAAUUGUUACCUUAAAAAGACAGGGGAAUAUGCUACGGAUGAAGAUGAAGAAGACAUGGGACCUGUCCUUCCAGGAGGUGACAUGGCCAUUGAAGUGUUUGAUCUUCCUGAGAAUGACGACAUGUUUUCCCCAACCGAACUGGACACCACCAAGCUUGCUCACAAAUUUAAAGAGGGUGAAGAUGGAAGGGGUGAGAGCAGCCGGAGCCUCAUGGGGGAGUUGCAAAUCAAACAUGCAGUUACAGAGGCUGAGAUCCAAAAGCUGAAGACAAAGCUACAGGCUGCAGAGAAUGAGAAAGUGAGAUGGGAACUGGAGAAGACCCAGCUGCAACAGAACAUUGAGGAGAAUAAGGAAAGGAUGAUGAAACUAGAGAGCUACUGGAUUGAGGCCCAAACCCUGUGUCACACUGUGAAUGAACACCUCAAAGAGACUCAAAGCCAGUAUCAGGCUUUGGAGAAGAAAUAUAACAAAGCAAAGAAAUUGAUCAAGGACUUUCAGCAAAAAGAACUUGACUUCAUCAAACGCCAGGAAGCUGAGAGAAAAAAAAUAGAAGAACUGGAGAAAGCGCACCUUGUAGAGGUUCAAGGCUUACAAGCUCGCAUUAGAGACUUGGAAGCUGAAGUUUUCAGGCUGUUGAAGCAAAAUGGGAGCCAGGUUAACAAUAACAACAACAUUUUUGAAAGGCAAACAUCUUUUGGAGACGUUUCCAGAGGGGAUCCAGUGGAGAGCCUAGAUGUACAGCAAGUGUCUUGCCUGGAUGGCUUAAUUCAAGAUUUCAACGAAGCAGUCCCAGAAACAGAGAGGCUGGACUCCAAAGCGCUGAAAACUCGAGCCCAGCUUUCAGUAAGGAACAAACGGCAGAGACCUACUAGAACAAGGCUCUAUGACAGUAUCAGUUCGACCGAUGGAGAGGACAGCCUUGAACGAAAGCCUUCAGACAGUUACAGUAGUUCCAUGCACAUUUCAAAAUCACCUCUGCCCAUAUGUGUGAGAGCAUCCUCACCAGCAUCAGAUUCUGGUGCUUCCUCCCUCUCCCCAAUGGGUAGCAGUGCAGCCUUCUCAUUUGACAACGUAGCUGAAAACCAAGAAGGAGGACAGCAGCACAAAGGAGGUGUGCUUUCCCAUUAUGCUCGGAGAGACACUCCACUUUCCUCUCCUUCAAAAUCCAGUCACAGUUCUGAAACAUCUCCUUUGCAUCACCCAACCAACAGGAAUGUUUUACAAGACGAAGAUAUUGUAGGUGCUCACACAGGUCCCCAUUCAUCAAGAGCAACCAGCCCUACUAUGGGGCAGGCAGAAAAAAUAAAGCAAAAGCUUGUGGAUCUUGGGGCUCCCUUGAGAAGGAGUUCCCACAAGGGCAAGAAAUGGAAAGAGAGAGAAGUCAUUAGGGUGGCCUGUGGCACCAGGACCACUAGAGAGAUGCUGGAGAGCUCAGCAAGCAAUGCAUCUAUGUCAGAGCGAUCCUCCUCUCUCCCCCAUAGAAUACCAUUCACAUGGUAUGGAGAGAGUGGCAAAGGAUCCAAUUCUUCCAGCAACCUGCCUUCAUCUAGCAGCUCAACUGAACCAUCCUCUGAAAAUCUAAGUCCAGCUAAAAAAGGGUCCAAGAAUUUCACAUUCACUGAUGAUUUCAGUCCUAGCAGCACAAGCUCAGCUGAUUUGAGUGGUUUAGGAGCAGAACCGAAAACCCCUGGUUUCUCUCAUUCCUUAGCAUUAUCAUCAGAUGAGAGCCUGGAUAUGAUUGAUGAUGAGAUCCUUGAUGAUGGACAGUCUCCUAAACACAGUCAGUGUCAGAAUCGUGCUGUUCACGAAUGGAGCAUACAGCAAGUUUCCCACUGGUUAAUGAGCCUCAACUUUGAACAGUAUGUUUCUGAAUUCACUGCCCAAAAUAUUAAUGGAGAGCAUCUCCUUCAGCUGGAUGGGAGUAAGCUUAAGGCCCUUGGUAUGACAUCUUCCCAGGACAGAGCAAUCAUUAAAAAAAAGCUAAAGGAAAUGAAAGUGUCCAUUGAGAGAGCUCGAAAAGCUCAAGAAAAAAUGGAAAAGCAAAGGGAAAAACUUAGGAAGAAAGAACAAGAGCGGCUUCAAAGGAAGUCAAAGAAACUAGACAAGUCUUCAUCAGAUGCAACAGAGGGUGCUAAUGAGCAAUGAUGAGCCAGAACUACUACUAUGUUAGUUAAUGUGGAGACACUUCAGGCAAAGAAACUCAAGUGAUCUACAGUACCCCUCCCAUUUUCUUGUGGUCAUUACACAGGAAUAUGUACACAAAUAUAAUGCUAUAAAUAGAAUUAAUAGGGAAAUUUAUAUUGUGUGACUACAUUUUCCUGCAGUUGCAAUACAUGCUCUUAUUUUUGAUCUGCUGAACAAUCCAAAACCAUUAUUUUAUUUUAUUAUUUGUUGUUGUUGUUACUUGCAAGCUAGGUAUCCUAUUUUGGGAAACAUUGAGGGGAUUUCCUUUCAAACGGCUAUUUUGUAUUGGGCUAGUUGUGUUUGGUAACCAGUGUGACAAAGAGGGAUGUGGUCCAUUGCAUCACAACCACAUUUUGAACAGGAUCCCUGGUGGUUGAUUGCAAUGAUCAGUGGAGAUUUUUGACUCUGGGUAAUUGGAGUUGUUCCCACAUCUGUUACCAUUGACUCAUCUUUCUAACUGUAAUCUCAACUCUUUUACAUGACUCUGAUAUUUAGUUUUGUCUGCUAGAACAGGCUACAGCGUGCAUCAGUACCUUGAAAUGCAACCGUUUUGCAAACACAAUUGUUCAAUGACUUGUAAUUAUAUGCCGGAGAUAAGGACAGGAGAGUCACUAUCCUUUCUGGGCAAAAGAGGGGAGGUUGACAUUCCUGUGAACUGUACAGUAAUUUAACACAGAAAGGGGGCAAAGCUGGUUUACAAGGGGUUCUGAGGGUAACAUUUAUCCUCCCGAUAUCUGAGCAAGACUGACUUUCUAACCUUGGCACAACAGAUAGAUCUUUAGAGUACACUGGUCAUUGUGUUCAUGGGGUGUACAGAUAAACUUUCCUGUAACACACUAUAAGCUUCUUUUUUAAACAGAUUCUGAAAAGAAAACUGGGUGUUUAGAGGGGGUUGUAUUUUUAAGGAAAAUACCAUAUCUUCAGAUUCCAUCUUCACUGAGUGCUGCAGGCAGUGAGCUUUGUGCUCUGACCUGCAGAGCUGUGAUCUAAUCACAACUGCUAUCUUCUGAAAUGAUCUCCAAAUUUGAGUCUGCUAAAGGCUUUCAGUUUUCAAUGAAGUGCCCUUUAAAAAAAAAAGGCUGUUAAAAGAAAAACAAGAUUUGCUAAUAUUAAGGCCAACUAAUAUAGGCUACAAUAUGGAAGAAGGCUACUAAAUGCAAACCUGUCAUGCACUACCUGUUUUAAAUAGUGUGUCCAGAGGACACCCCCACUAAAAAUUCAGCCUUGAGGCAUACUUUGCAGAAUGUUUGGAAUGCUUAAAUUGACUCUUGCUCUACAUACUUCAGAGAUUUCUCAUAUAUAGAUAUGUCUAUUAAUGAAGCAAACAGUACAGUCUGGCACUGUGUGGUAUUACAGUUUCUUAGCAGCCUCUAUUAAAAUAUUAUUUAUUUCACCAAAUGAAUGGGAGGACAAUGGAUCAAGCUUACAUAAUGGGAAGACGAAGAUAUUACAUUAUUGCUUUGUAGUCAAUGCUUACUGUGUAGUAGCAUUUGUAGGUUAUAGCAACAUCCGUUCCCUUCAAUGCAUUCCAUAGGUAUUGACAUAAGCAGUAAUCUCUGUGUAGUCAGUCUUGCCAGCAGUUAACUCUUAUUUAGUUAGCUAUUGAUGCAAAAUUAAAAACUUAACUUUCAAUCUGCUGAACCUCUAACUGCAAAUGCUGAAUGAUUUUAAAGGGAUUUUUUCCCUCAUCAUAUAUUUUGACAUUCAUCUUUAAAAAAAAAAAAAGCUCUUCUGAAGCUCAGAGUUCUAGAAUGUCUUAACUGGGAUGCUAUGCUCAUAUUAUCUAACAUUUGUCAAAUUUUCAUUUUUAAUAAUAGUAUGUUUACCUGUAGAAAGCUUUGUAAAUAGAUACAACUUAGUUCAUUUAGUACAAAUAAUUUGACAAAUCUAUUUAGUAAUGGCUUCCUUUUUGUUUCCAAAUCUACUUUUUACAUGUUUCUAGUAUAUAUUUCAUUGAUCUAUAGACAUAAAGUAAUGAAACUGCAGUGAAGGACACUCAGUUAAAACAGCGUUGGUAUUUCUGGUAGGUCUUGGUGUUUCCUAAUGCUGCCAGAGAGAAAAAGAGGCCAUUAGUGGAGAAAUAUAAUUGUGGGGAGAAAUCACCUCUUCAGUUGAAUCUUUCUAUCUACCUUCUAGGAGACAAAUUAUACUACAGUGUCAUGGCAACCUGGUGAAACUAGUGCUCAGUUAUUUUAGGAGCUUAUGAAGUUAUAUUUAGGUAAGAGAAAGUUAUCUGGAAGAAACUGGAAAUAUACUAUUUUAAAUACAAUGUUGAUAAAUAGAUGAUUAUUUUCUCCUUAAGUUAUGUUUACAUGAUGGUAAUGUUUUAAGUGGUUGUAUAUAAUAGACUGUGGGUGUGUUUCUAUUUAUGUUUUUUGUUUUUGUAAAAUCCCAAGGCAGACUACUGUAUGUGUUAUGCAUUGAUUUUUCAUUCUUGUUAUUUAGAACAGUGUCUAGUUAACCUCGUAGUAAAUCAGGUUCUUAUUCUGCAGAUAGCUAAUUUGAUUUAUGUGCUAGUAAUUAUUGUUUUUACUAUUUUAUAGAAACUUUAGAGCUAAACGGUGAAUUUAAACUUUUUGUAAUUAUUUGAGUUUAAAAUCUAACUUUUAAAAAUAGAUUUAAUCAGUUAAAAAUAAAAGCAUAAAAUGCAAAGUGACUAAUGAAAACAAAGUAGACCAAGCAGUAUCUGAGUUCUGCUCUUCUUUCUAUGAUAAGGUAUAUUUUUAAGAUUCCGUUUAAUUAAAGAUAGUCAUUGAUGUAUGGCACACGCAAUCAUGUCACAAUCACAGUGUUUGUGACCAAUACAGUUUGAGGAGUUGUUGUUUCUGCAAGACCAUAAAAGGUUUAUCACAAUUUUUCUUUCCCAUAUUGAGAAAUGAUAUGCAUUUGCCCAUUACAUAUCUAAUUAAAAACUCAGAAUACCUUUAACCAACCCGCUGUAAGCUUCCCCUAAGAACAAUGCUAGUUUAGAAUAGUGUGUUACCUCUAUCAUAAGAAUGAACAGAAUGGACAAAUGUCCUGUCCUGAAUAGACGAAUCUUCUGCUCCCAGCCUAGCUGGCGGGGUAUCUACCACAAAUGUGACUGUAAGCUACUUUUGUGGCUUACUAAUCCCUGGGCAGCCAGUCACCAGUCCCAAUGCGUAAUUUAGAGCAGUCUCAGGUAUUCUGUAAGGUGUGCUAGUUUCCUAAGGGGUAUUCUGCAGCCUGGUGUCCCUGGAGCACAUCAGCACUCUGGCCAUAUUAUCUCUAAACCAGCCAUACAGCCUAUGCCAGCUCUACCCCAGUUAAUUAUUCUCCUGUGCUGGUGCACUCGCAGCUAGCUGGUUAGCUAACAUUCACCCUGUUUUAUAUGUGGUAGCUGAAUUCUGGAAGUUCUGGAUCUGCUAGUGCCGAUAGGUUUGGCAGCCCUAGUCUAUGUAUUUAUGCACAUCUUCUAGCGAUCAAGAAUGUGAAAGACUGAAUGAAGGAGACAGAGAGUGGGAUUUUUAAGAUGUAGGAAAUAGAAGAUACAAAGGUGCUUUCAUAGCCUCAGCCCCCGAAAAGCUAGUGUCUGCACUGAAAUCCAGCAGUAGCAUUGAAACCAUUCUGGAACAAAAGGCCGUGGUUUAUUCUGUACAAACUGCCAAAUAUUUAUGGAUCUCAUUCCCCAUUGCCUGGCACCUUGUGGAGCCAUUUGCGUCUGGGCAAGUGAGUGCUAAAGGCUGUCAUUCUGAUUAGGUGAUGUUGGAUACCCACUGUGUACCAGUGUAAAUGAUUACACCAAGUGCAAAGCAAUGAGGAAUUCAGACCAUUUAAUGUUGCAUAAUGCAGAUUAGUAUUGUCCACCGGUUUUUGCAUUUCAUCUGCCGCCUUAGCAGAGCUAGUGAUGUUCAUGUACAUAAAGCGCAUCACAAUUAGUGGAGUAAAACUAAAUAGUGGAGCAAAAAAGUAACAAAAGCUGUGCAGAGCUGGUUUAUGUUUAUAUAUCACUUUGGAUAGGUGCUUUUAUGUCAGUAGCCAUUUAUUGUGCCAUGAUGGAGCUGAGACAAUGCUGCAUUUCUAAGCAAGAGUGAUCACAGGAUCUAGAACAGCAUUUCUCAGAAGCCACAUCAGUCUCAACUCCCAUUGAUGUUAGUGGGAAUUUUGGAUGUUUAUCAUCUGGCAGCCUCAGGUCUCCGCACGUCCACUGCGCGUACAAGCACCUGCUGCCAUCCAUGCAAUUGUGUGGUCUCUAACUCAUCAGCAAUUGCUGGUUAGAGCACACUCAGCUGCAUUAAAGACAGGCAACUAGAGGCAAUGAUGCCCACCACAGAAGCUCAGCAGCAGUAGUAUUGAUUGUGUUCCUGUUUAAAUCAAAGAAGGCAUAGUUAUCAUUUUGCAUAUGUGUGCCUGGGAUAUACUGUUCUAGUCUAGUAUCCUGUGCGAUGGAACUGAAAAUCAGAAAGAAAGUUUUGUAUUUGCGUAGCCGUAUUUCUUUAAAAAGUAUCUUAAAGAGCGAUUUGUACAGGGUGCCAGAUCUGGGCUUUAAGGACAGUUUUCAAAAACAAGGUUUAUGUGUCAAUUCCUUAGCAGUGUUUUCAAAUGGAUAGAAAAAUUGUGUGUCAGACAAGCAAAAUGUUGUUGUUUUGGGAUCUGAUCCUGUUCCCACUGGAGUUUUGUCAUUGAGUUCAGUGGGAGCAGGAUUGAGCCUUUUUCACUUGCCUGGUCUUGUGCUAUGCCUCAACCAGAGAGCAAGCAAACUUGUUUAUAGCUUUUGUUCUGUAAGCUUUAAAAUCUCAGAAAACCUGUAACUUGGUCCAAAACUCUGAACAAUAGAAAGUUGUUUGAAAAAAUCAGCAUGUAUUUGAGCAACUUGGAAGUCUUUAACAGUUCAAAUGAAAGGGGCAGAGUUCACAGAGAAUUUUUUUUAUCAAUGAUUCAGAAUAAUGAAAGAAAUGAGCAUUUCUAGAAAUGAAAAUGUUUAAGUGAUGGGGCUUGUGGUUUGCUUUUUAACAAAUACUUUUGCAUUUGUGUGUGUACAUAUACAUACACAAGUAUACACACUGUAUUGAAGAGAUUAGUUAAUGUGCAGGUAACGGUGAGUUUUAGGGCUACAUGCACGUAAAACACACAUCAAGGAUUGUGAUAAUAUCAUGAAACUCAUAAGAGCAAAGCUCUAGCAGUUUUUUGUAUAAUAGCUCAGAUGUGUUUUUAGCCUCACUCACAAUUUUCAUGUUAUGUUUUAAAUACUUGAUGGAUCACAAGAUUUUAAACAAAAAUGUUUAUUAAAAUCAUAUACAGACUGUUCCUCUGUACAUCUCUGCAUGUUGUCCUUGUGUUCUUUUGGCAGAAUUGAUUUAUUAGAAUUAGUAUUACAAAAAAACUUUUUGUACGUUUUGUAAACUUAGCUUAGAUGUCUAUUGGAGAGCUUUGAGCAUUUGAUUAUUGGGCAGGAUUGUGAUGUCAGAAGUGACUCAUCCAGUCAUCACACCAUUAGCUAGAUGUUAUGUGCAUGUUGCACAGUCCUUUUCAUCAAAGCUCUAUAUAUGUUUUAUUGCAUUUUCUUACAUUUUCAAAACUGUUCUUUUUGAAAGCUGUGAUAUCACAGUCAUGAAACUGAGCCCUCUGGUUCCCUCCUGGCCCUAAGAUAAGCUGUCUUUCACUACCUGGCAGUGGGCCUGGGACUUCUGUUAUAGCCAGGAAAUCAUGACUAAAGGGAGGGAUGUGUAUGUCUUGUUGGGAGGUUUUGCCUUUAGCUCUUUGUGCUGCUUGUUUCUUUCAGAAGUUUGGACUCUUUAUUAGGCACAAAUCUCGUAGUUUAUCUGGCUUAAUCCUGUGCGAUGUUAAGGGCCUUCAGCACUGUUUGGCUUUGGAGGAAGGUGCUCAGCAUUUUACAGGAUCAACCCCAAAUUGAGCAAAAAAAGGGGCCUAAUCCUGAUCCUGUUGUGAGAGUUUUGCCGUUGACUACAGUGGGAGCAGACGUGGGUGUAAAUGCAGGAAGAUUCACAAUAUUAAUGAAGUGUCCAGAAGAAACAAGAAUUACAUGGCACGAAAAGACGGUAAGGAACAAAUAAGCCUCCUCAAAUGGAGAUGACAUGGUGCACAGUGAACCUCUCCAAAAUAUAUUUGCUUUUCCUGACUCAUUUACUGUAUAACUACUGCUUUUGUAUUUUUCAGUGAUGUUGCACUUAUAAAUCACUGGUAACUAACAAGUGUUAUACAUAUUGCUAAAAGACUGGGCAGCUAAAAAACAGAAAUGCACUGUGUGCCACUAUACAAACUGGCUUCUUUUAUUGUUUCUUUUUAUCUUAGGGAGGGAGAUAGUUAUACUUCAGAAUUUUUUUAAGGUCAAAUGUGUAUGAAUUGCAUGUAAUCCUGGACUUUUCAUUUGUACAUCUUGGUGUCUAAUCAUCUGCAUGGAAGAGACAAUAGUGCCCUGUCUGAGCUUGUUCUCUUGUGCUUGGUUAAUAUGUACUUCUCUGGAUUGUUGAGUUUCCAAAAACAACAUUCCUUUACAUUUGGUUAUUUGGAGGCACUCAAGGCAAAACAUCAUGUGGCCCUUUGUUUUCUUACAGAUUUAAAAAAAACCCAAUCACCUUUGAUUAAAAUUAAUUUGUUAGUGUAAAUAAAUUUCUUGCCAAUGAGUAUUAUUGUUAGACAAUGAAUGCAAUAAAAAGAGAACUACUGAAA